UCGUGUCAAACUGGAUAAAACGUUGGUGCUCCAUACCACGUUAAAUGGUUGCUCUUUGCCAGGUUGACGAAUGGCCAAGUUUGGCGGAAUAAGCUCGUGGCAAAACUGCGAACAAAAGCAACUUGGCAAGUUAUCAGCGUGGAAUUGGAAGGUUUCGCCUCAUGUCAACGAAAGAGCCAUCCAUGACGCCAGCCAAGAAGCAUCCGGCGGUGGCCGUCGUCGCCGGCGCAAUUGCCGGCGGCAUUGAAAUGUGCUCGAUCUGGCCCAUGGAGAUGAUCAAGACGAACCUGCAACUCGGAACGAUGAAGUCCCACUACACGAAGAUGCUACCAGGUUUUCGAUACCACAUUCAAACCGGCGGGGUGCUGUCACUGUAUCGCGGCCUCGCCCCCGUCCUCGUCGGGUCACUCCCCAAGGCCGGGUUGCGUUUCGGAGCGUUCGACUCAAUCAAGCAAUUGCUGGCCGACGAACAUGGCCAGUCGACCCCGUUGCGCAACUUGGCAGCGGGGAUGUCCGCUGGCGCGAUCGAAGCCAUUUUGGUUACCACGCCCACUGAAACCGUGAAAACCAAACUCAUUGACGCCAACGCAGGCAUGCUGCACGGGAUCAAGAGAAUCCUCGAAACUGACGGGAUCCGCGGGCUAUACCAAGGUCUUACGGCCACCAUCAUGAAGCAGGCCACCAACACGGGGCUUCGGUUCAUGUGGUUUUCCGAGUACAAAGCUCGCGUCCCGGACUUGUUGGCUCGAAACGGCGUCAACUAUGACACACUCUCGCCAGGCGAGUUGGCCAUCGUGAGCUUUGUCGGUGGCAUGACAGCUGGUAUCUUUAGCACCUUUGGCAACAAUCCAUUUGACGUGGUCAAAACCAAGAUGCAAGGCCUCGAAGGCGCGCGAUACCCCAACACAUGGGACUGCGCAAUGACCAUUCUGAAGCGAGACGGCGUCGCGGGGUUCUACGCAGGCGUCGUGCCCCGCCUUGGUCGCGUGAUUCCAGGGCAAGGCAUCAUAUUUAUGUCGUACGACACCAUCUCCAUGCAUGUAGCCAAGUACCUUGACGAUGGAACGAAUAAGGUCACUGUGAACUUGAGUGGCGUCCAGUCGAAAGUACGAUAAAAACGUCAAUUCCAAAAGUAUUUGGUUUGAUAUAUUUGG